AUGGCGCACGCAGAUAUCAACUCUGAAUCACACUAUUGUUGGAAUUUUCCAGACAUGCCAGUGAAGAACACUACGGAGGCUGGUGGUGCUGUGUGGGACACCGGCCUGGCCUCGGAGAGGCAGCGGCCGGGAGGAGCCAUCAACUCGUCAGGAGCGACCAGCCCGGGUCACGGGCCGGCUCGUCAAGAGAGCGUGGCUUGGGGUGAAGCGAGGGCAGGCAACGAGCGUGGGCACACACGUGGUCUAGAUAUGGACAAACGUGGGGACCACAUGGUACACUAUGCAGUCGCGGCGGUUGUUUUGGCUUGCCUGGUGGCGGCGGUUCGGGCGGUUCCCCAGGAGGGCUACAACUACCAGGCGCCCUCUGGCCAGGGCUCUCCGCUCCCGGGAUCCGGUUCAGGGCAGUUCCCCUCAGGGUCGGGGCAAUUUCCUUCCGGUUCAGGGCAGUUCCCCUCAGGGUCGGGGCAAUUCCCAUCCGGGUCAGGGCAAGACCAGUACCCUUCCGCACCUGCUCAGUACAACUUCAAGUGGGACGUGAAUGACUCUCCUUCAGGAAAUUUCUACGGCCAUCAGGAGCAGAGAGAGGGCGCCAACACGCAGGGCAGAUACUACGUGCAGCUUCCUGAUGGCCGGCGCCUUGUUGUCGAGUACUACGCCGACAGCACGGGCUACCACCCCACCAUCAGCUACGAGGGCGAGGCGCAGUUUCCUUCUGGUCCUUCUCAAGGGGCGGGUCAAGGCUACCAAGGAGGUUCAGGACCCAACCAGGGCUUCCCACAGGGCGGACCAGGGCCUAACCAGGGCUACCCACAAGGCGGUUCAGGACCUAACCAAGGCUUCCCACAGGGCGGUUCAGGACCUAACCAAGGCUUCCCACAGGGCGGUUCAGGGCCGGACCCUAACCUGGGGCCAAACCAGUCUUACCUUCCCCCAUCCAAAUGA